AUGGAACGACUACAGAGAUUAAUGAUGAAUAGCAAGGUGGGGUCUGCGGACACUGGCCGUGAUGACACGAAGGAGACUGUUUAUAUCUCUUCCAUUGCUCUUUUAAAGAUGCUGAAGCAUGGUAGAGCCGGUGUUCCAAUGGAAGUGAUGGGACUGAUGUUAGGCGAGUUCGUUGAUGAUUAUACGGUUAACGUUGUAGAUGUGUUUGCCAUGCCUCAAUCGGGUACCGGUGUUUCCGUUGAAGCUGUGGAUGAUGUUUUCCAGGCUAAGAUGAUGGAUAUGUUAAAGCAAACGGGAAGAGACCAGAUGGUUGUUGGCUGGUAUCAUUCUCAUCCUGGGUUUGGUUGUUGGCUAUCUUCCGUGGAUGUUAACACUCAAAAAUCCUUCGAGCAAUUGAACAGCAGAGCUGUGGCUGUUGUUGUUGACCCCAUUCAAUCGGUUAAGGGGAAAGUUGUCAUUGAUGCCUUCAGGUUGAUUGACACGGGCGCAUUGAUUAAUAAUCUAGAACCUAGACAGACAACGUCCAACACAGGUUUGCUGAACAAGGCCAAUAUUCAAGCCUUGAUUCACGGUUUGAAUAGACAUUAUUAUUCCCUAAAUAUUGAUUACCACAAGACCGCGCAAGAGACCAAGAUGUUGAUGAACUUGCAUAAGGAACAGUGGCAAUCUGGUCUAAAAAUGUACGAUUAUGAAGAAAAGGAAGAAUCAAAUCUGACUGCUACAAAGAGUAUGGUUAAGAUAGCCGAACAAUAUUCGAAGAGAAUAGAAGAGGAAAAGGAACUGAGUGAGGAGGAACUCAAGACAAGAUACGUCGGUAGACAGGAUCCAAAGAAACAUAUUUUCGAAACAGCAGAUGAAACUCUGGAAAACAAUAUUGUUUCUGUGCUGACGGCGGGUGUGAAUUCAGUGGCUAUUAGAUAA